GUUCAGUGCACACAGUAAUUGGUGAGCAGAAAAUGAUUUCAGCUCUCCGAAAUACCCGGCUGGCGAAGCUAACGUUAAUCACCCUGAUAUUUUGCCUUUGGUCUGCACGGGAUACAUUUGUAGCAAGAGUGGAUGAAAAAAGAUUUGCUGAUAUGUCCUGAGAUCCUCACAGCCUUUCACAACAUCGCCAACCCAGCAGUGUCGAAGGACACCAAACCGGGGCGACCUCUCAACUUUGACCUUUUUUUUUCAGACAGCAGUCUGCCACUGUUUUUGCUGUUAGAGCUUCCGAAGAGGCCUAGACAAGGAGCAGCGCACAGCACAGCCUUGACGGACGGGAAAACGUGCGAGAUUCCACAGGGAGCGGGCGGAAAAACCGGAGAGAAGAGAAAGGAACGCCGGAGACGAGGUGUGAAAGAUAGAGGACAAGUGGGGAAUUCCACACGGCUGGAGCCAGCAAAGGCGUGCGGAACAGAGAACAGGGGUUACCUCUCUGACUACAGACGACUACACACACACACACACACUCACACACACAUCUCAACACUGGAGGGCUCCAGGGAUUUUAGCCAGAUGUCAAGAUAACCGGACAGGAGUUCAGCAGCAUCACCGUCCAACAAUUUCUCUCUGACCUCUCUGGAUUCUAUUUCUCGCCCACUAUUUUUUUUUUCCCCGCCCCUUCGGUUUUUGGAAAACAUGACCCUGCCGUUGGGUUCUGUGGCCUUGUGGACAGUUUAGCGCUGUACUGGUGUCGAGAGUGGACGUGGACGUGGACUGUGAGUGCGGCGUGGCGUGGCGGUGCUGGCCAUGUCGUGGAAGAGGAACUACUUUGCAUCGGGCAGCAGUGGCCUUCAGGGCAUCUUUACCCCGCGCACCAUGACCUCCAUCGCCCCCAGCAAAGGGCUCAUUAACGAGCCGGGACAGAACAGCUGCUUUCUGAACAGCGCUCUCCAGGUGCUCUGGCAUUUGGAUAUCUUCCGUAGAAGCUUCCGGCAGCUGACCACACACAAGUGCAUGGAGGACUCCUGCAUCUUCUGUGCCCUCAAGAGCAUCUUUGCUCAGUUCCAGUUCAGCAGUGAGAAGGUGCUGCCGUCGGACGCCCUGCGCAGCGCCCUGGCCAAGACCUUCCAGGACGAGCAGCGCUUCCAGCUGGGCAUCAUGGACGACGCCGCCGAGUGCUUCGAGAACAUUCUGAUGCGCAUCCACUUUCACAUCGCCAACGAGAGCAAGGAGGACAUCUGCACGGCCAAGCACUGCAUUCCCCACCAGAAGUUCGCCAUGACGCUCUUCGAACAGUGUGUCUGCAGCAGCUGUGGUGCCUCCUCAGACCCCCUGUCCUUCAUCCAGAUGGUCCACUACAUCUCCACCACCUCUCUCUGUAACCAGGCGGUGCGGAUGCUGGAGUGUCGGGAGAAGCCCACUCCGGACAUGUUCGGGGAGCUGCUGCGCAACGCCAGCACCAUGGGAGACCUGCGCAACUGCCCGGGUAACUGUGGGGAGAAGCUGCGGAUCCGCCGCGUCCUGAUGAACUCGCCUGAGAUCAUCACCAUCGGCCUGGUGUGGGACUCGGACCACUCGGACCUGGCGGAGGACGUCAUCCACAGCCUGGGCACCAUCCUACGACUGGGGGAUCUCUUCUAUCGGGUGACGGAGGAGAAGGCUAGGCAGGCGGAGCUGUACCUGGUGGGCAUGGUCUGUUACUACGGCAAGCACUACUCCACCUUCUUCUUCCAGACCAAGAUCCGCAAGUGGAUGUACUUCGACGACGCCCACGUCAAGGAGAUCGGGCCCAAAUGGAAGGACGUGGUGUCUCGCUGCAUAAAGGGUCACUACCAGCCGCUGCUGCUGCUCUAUGCUGACCCCCGGGGGACGCCGGUGGCAGCGCAGGACCAUCCCUCCCGACUGGAUCUGCACUACCUCAACAAAUCCUACUACGACAGCGAGGACUCGGGCCGCGAGCCGUCCAUCUCCAGCGACACGCGCACCGACUCCUCCACGGACAGCUACAGCUACAUGCACUCGCACUCGCACCAUGAGUCCAUGGCCAGCCACUUCUCCUCCGACUCCCAGGGCACCGUCAUCUGCAACCCGGACAACGACGCAGCCUCACACAGCAGCCUGGAGACCACAGGCCCAGUGACGGACAGCGAGCCUCUGUCCCGCCACACACUCAGGAAGUCCGGCCCAGCGGACAGGAAGGGCGGGACUACCGACAGGAAGAGGAGCGCCAGCCGCCCACGCCGCUUCGAGGAGCGCAGCCGAGGGUCCCGAACAGACGAGGCGUCUUCAGCCGGCUACCACAGCGAGGGUGAGACUUUAAAGGAGCAGCAGGCCCCACGGACUGCACCCAAGCCCUCAUCGGGCAGCCGCCUGCGGGACUUUAAAGAGACCAUGAGCAACAUCAUCCACAGCCGCCCGCUCUCCUCCUCCACCUCCUUCAUCCCCUCCUCCUCCUCCUCCACCGGCGGUGGCGGCGGCGGCAGCAGCGGCGGGGGUGGCGGAGGCGGAGGCGGCUCAGAGCCGGGGGCCCCGGCGUGCGACUGGGAGGCGGACAGCACCAGCAGCGAGUCCAAGUCCAGCUCCGUGUCCGGCGGCCGCUACCGGCCGGCGUGGAGGCCCCGGCGCGAGGCCCUCAACAUCGACAGCAUCUUCAACCGCGGCGGCCGGCGGCAGGCCGGCUACAGCCCCCUGAACGCCGGGCCGCUCGCCGAGGACGGAGGCCCCCCCGCAGCCCAGCCGGACCCGACUGCGACUGCAGCGGCGGCGGCGACAGUAGCACCCACGGCGUCGCCGACAACAAGAGACUUGGCGGCGGCAGCGGCCAUGACGACAGAUGGUCCGGCGUUCCGGUGCGGUGGUGGCUCGGCGACGCUCCCGGCGGCCCUGCGCUCUCACGGGGGAGACCAGCAGCAGCAGCAGCAGCCCAGGCUCAUCCAGAGGAUGGAGAGCGGCUACGAGAGCAGCGAGAGGAACAGCAACAGCCCCGUCAGCCUGGACAUACCCAUCGGGGACAGCCACAGCAACUCACGCACACACAGGGAUGGGGGUUUGAAGAAGCCAGCCGCCCCGAACGUGGGUCCGUCAUGGCGGAGCGUGCCCAAGUCCAAGAGCAGCAGUGCCCUGCUGCAGGACGCCCAGGCGGCCAGUAGGGGCAGCGCUCAGGGCAGCCAGGGUCCGUCUGAGGGCCGCAGCGAGCUGGACGAGCUCCAGGAGGAGGUGGCGCGGCGGGCGUGCGAGCAGGAGCAGCAGCGUCGGCGGGAGAAGGAGCGCGAGGCGGCCAUGGGCUUCAACCCCCGACCCAGCAAGUUCAUGGACCUGGACCAGCUGCAGAGCCAGGGGAAAGGGGACGGCUUUGAGCGGUGCGUGUCGGACGCGGACGCCCUCUUAGAGCAGUCUCUGCGCUUAGAGCAGGCCGGCGAGGUGGCCGCCGCGCUCUCUGUAGUUAACGAAGCCGUGUCUAAACUCAGGCUUCCCAUGCAUGAGGGCGGCACUAACACUCAUAGCAGGACAGUGGCUGAAGCCCGGCAGCAAAAGUGCAUGAGGAGAGCGAGGGGCCUGCAGCAACGCAUGCAACAGCAGCAGCAGAAGCAGGAGCAGCAGCAGCAUCAGCAUCAGCAGGAGCAGCAGGAGCACAGGCAACAGCAUGGGGAAGAGGAGGAGGACGAUGAGAAGGAGAAGGAGAGACCGCAGGAGCAGCCCCCCAGUGAAGAGUCUGGCCCGAUCCGAAUUCUUCUGACGGCGGCCCCAGAGGAGGCUGAGGAGCUAGUCCAGCAGGACUCCACCACCACCACCAGCACCAGCACCACCACCAUCCCCACUGGUCCCCCACCUGCUCCUCAUGUGUUGCCCAAGCCCCCCACCCCCAAAAGCCCCCACCUUUACGCCCCCCGCCACCCCUCUACGGGGCCUCUGCUGCACCCCCCUGCCCCCUCCGGCCCACACCGACAAGGGGUCGCGGGAGACUGCAGCGCGCGCCCCACAGCGGAUGUGCUGACCGAAGGCUCCAGGCGGGACGGCAGAGGUGCGGCCGGUGUGAGUGACCAGUCUAACGGCCUGUCGCCGCCGGUGCCCUCUGCCGUAAGGGAGAGUCCUCCUCCUCCUCCUCCUGCCAAGGUGCCAGUGCUGCCCAGUAAGCCUCCGGUCGCCCCUGUGUACUGGAACGGGCACGCCGGUGUGCCCACCCCGACGCCAGCCCCCCUGCACCCCCAGCGCGCCCGCACCCCCUCCCCUGCCCACCUGAGCCCCCAGGAUGCCCAGUGGGGGGCCACGCUGACCGGCCGACGCCCCUCCAAUCACGGCUCUUCCCCCCAGCCCAACGGCCUCAUCCCGCCUUCCCCGACUCUCCUGGCCAAUCACAACGGGACGGGCUGGACCGCGGCUCACGCUGACCCGUCCCACGUCCCCUACGCCUCGCCAGUCUCCCACGGCGGCGGCGGCGGCGGCGGCGGCGCGGUCCCCCAGCACGUCCCCCGCUCGCCCUCCCCGGCCACGGAGCCCCGAGCGGCAGCGUGCAUGCCCGUGGAGUGCUGGGCCGAGAACGUCAACCGAUACUACAACUCCCAGAAUGCCCUCUCCCCCGCCACCAUAGCUGCCUCGCCCAGUGAGGAGCUGUCGGAGCUGGACUCGCUCUACCAGGCCAGCCUGCAGGCGUCCUCUGUGCCUCGCACCCCACGGGGUCACAGCCCCCAGCCCGGCUCCAGACCAGGCUCGGCAGCCAGGAAGCUCUUGUACGGAGGAACUCUCGGACGCUCCAAAACUCCCACCGCGGAGAUCGAGAGGAACGCCUACAGAACACCUGGUUACAUCAGUGCCCCAGAGGCACCCACUAAGCCUGUGCAGCCUGUACAGCCUGCGCGUGCAGUGGAGUGUGACCGGGUGGGGGUGUGUGACGACGCGUCCUACAGUGCCGAGAACCUGCGUCGUGUUGCCCGUAGCCUGAGCGGCACAGUCAUCGGGGGUCGACCUGAGCUGCUCUCUUCCUCCCGCAGCUUUGAGUCCUCUGUAACCAGGAUGCCAAAGCAUGCAGACGCGCGGGUCAUCUCACGUCACCUUAGCAAUUCCCUGCACUUCGCCUCCUCCCCCACCUCCCCCCACUCCCCCUCCUUCCUCAGCACCACCCCUCAGCACCUGUACCCCCACCCACACGCCCCCCCGACACACCCAACCCAGCAGCUGCCUCGGGGACUCACAGGAGAUCACCCAAAGGUCAACCCCUUUCUGGCUGUGUUUGACCGGAGUGAAGCUCUCCAACGCGACCCCUACCACAACGUCGCCAUGAGCUACGGCACGCUCCCGCGGGCACCGCGACGGGCACAGCCGGCACCGGCCAGGCAAUGGAGCCAGCUGGACUCCGGCUACGCCACCCUCGCCCACCCCCGCCGCUCCGCGCCCCAAGACCGACCCGCAGAGGCCCCUUACCGGCAGCCCAUGCUCGCGCAGCCCGGCCGAAUCUCGGUGCCGCCGCCACCACCGUCGGCCCCCCAGCACCACGACCCCCGCGGCCCACACACCCAGGCCCCCCCUCAGCCUCUCCGCCUGGACGUGCCCCCCGAGGGCGACUGGAGGACUGCGGGCUACCAGACGGCCACCCUGGGCAGGAACACCCAGCAGCAGCAGCAGCAGCAGCAGCAGCCCUUCGUCAGGACAGACUCCCGCAUGAGGCUGACGCGGAGCCCCUCGGUGGGGAGUCCGCUGUGCGCCCUGUGCCACCGCGCGCCGGCCGAGCCCAUGGGCGGCUACUGCCGCUCCUGCGGCGCACACAUGGCCCGCUUCCGCACCACCAGCUGAACCCCGCCCGACCUGCUUCCACACCUGGGACACCUGCCACACACCACCACACACACACACACACACACACACACCUGUGCUCUCUUCUCACCUGCCCCAAACGCUCAGUUACACUUCCCUCGCCGAGGUUGUGCCCAGUUGAGGGGGAUCGGUAAAGGGUAGAGCGCUGGGUCCCACACAUAAACAUAACCUGCUCUUCACUAAGAGUACAGCACAGCACUCUUUUCUCCAUCGGAUGGCCUCAGUGCAUGCUCCUAGCAGAAAUGGAAAGGCCGAUUUGUCUGGUGGAGUGAGGUGGACUUCAGCUUCUGAUACGGUCACUGUCCCGACUGCAGCGUCUCCACUGCCUUUCAUGACGCCCGCAGCUCUACUCUUUCCUCUCUGCCAUCGCCUGAAGUACAUCAGAGAGUGGGUUGCCUCUACCCUCUAUAAUGGUGGUAGUCGGUGACCGUUUCACAUUAUUCUUGGCUUAGGGCCUCUGUGUGUACGCAAUAGGCCCUGCAGUGAUGUAGACUAUGGAGAGGUUGCAACAUAUAGACUCCUUUGGGCGGCUCCACCUCAAGCUGACCUCUACAGUGUCAGAAACAGGACACCAGGGGAGUUCUGAAGGCUCCUCCGUCUACAGACACACUGAUGACACUGAUCCUGGGCUCCAGUAAAGGGCUCCGUGUUUAUGACUGCUUGGGGAGAAACACUAAAGAUGGAUUAUGGGUCAGAAUAGCUGUGAUACGUAUGAAGGAAGAGGUAUGGAGCCUGCCACGGAACCUUUAGAACCAUUCAGGCCAUUUAGAAGCCUGAAAUUUAAAUCAGGAUCUGCUGAACGAGAAAUCCUGAUUUCCUGAUAUUCUGUUUCCGAUUUGUCUCACUUGUUUGUGUCUGCUAUGACAAGCACAUAAUUCUUCCUCCCCACAAACCAGUUUUAUUUAUAAUCAUCAUAACAAUGAAUUACUUACUUAAUUAUUUACUCCGAACUGUUAAUACAUAAUUAAGACUAGGAAUGCUUAAUUUCAAAGUGAGUAAACAAAGUGUUACCGUUAUCUUACUAAUCAGUAUACUCUUAACUUCUUUUCCAGAAUCUUUGGUAUAUAUAUCCUAGCACCGUCUGGUCUUUGUUUUGAAGUGGAAAAAGGGCUUUCCAACCAUACACGUCAUGGUUGCUGUGCAGAAAGCGACUGAUGUUGAUACGAUAGCUUUUGUGGAUAAUAUUUUUUUUUAAAAAGCGUUUAUUUUAGUGCAGUGAGAUGAACGUAACAGUGUUAACACCAAUUUAGUGCACUUCAGAAGUGCAAGCACUAGAAGAUUUAGUAUAUAAAAAAAAGUCGCUCUUCUCCGAUGUUCUGGGAGAAAUGUUUUGUGAAAUAUUUAUACUUUGUACAGUAGGCAAGGAUGUUUAAAAUGCCAUCUUAUAGAGGCACAGCUGUUUGCAACCCAUAGGCGCCAUCCUUCAUCAGCUUUUGUCAGACAAAAUGAAAACCCUGCAUGUUGAAAUGGGAGUGGUCCUUUUCGACUCUGGCAGUAGAGUUUUAGACUUGGUGGAUUUUCUUGGGAGGUUCAACAGAGAGGUAGGGGAGGUGGGGAAUUAUUUAUUGUUCUGUUACUAUUAUACCUCCACAAGUUCAAUUUAAUAUGUUUCCGUUACACCAUGAAUCCUUGGUUUUGCCAUUUCCCCUAAGGGAUCUCUUUUAUACACGCAUUAGAGCUGACUGAAUUUUGAGCAAAUUCACUCUUUUAAAAGUCUGCCUGUUUUCUUGGCAGGCUAGUUACAUAGAGGGUCACAUAGCAUUAGCAAGCGCAGAAAUGUAGCAUCGGGGAGCCUUGUGACAGUUCCCAAACUUCAGAUUUUUUUAUGUUGUAGUUUUUGUUUUCCUUUUCACUUAUACAAAAACAAAUGUAAAGCCUUAUGAAAAUGCUUUUGUCAAAGCAUUACCUUUAAAUGAAGGAAUGAAAUACAUGUUUUGUUUUAAGAUAAAGUUUUUGCCUAUUUUUUUGGUUGCAUAUUUUUACAUUUAUUUUUCUAUAUUGUUGACACUGCUGGCUAAAUGCUACUAGUACAACAAUGGGACUGGGUUGCCCUGGACUAUGUAGGCAACAUGAGUGGGGGGGGAUUCUUUAGGGGCUAACAGAUUUAACUUACUGAAAGUCCUGAGAACUGGAUUGUAGCUGUUCUGUUAAAUUGAUACUCACAGGCUGGUCUUGGACAAGGAUUAAACUCUACUAAACCAUCCAUUGAACUAUUGAAUGUCAACAGCAUUCAUCAUUUUGUUCGGAGUGAAUUUAAUCUGAAUUGGAAUUUUGAAUGGAGAACUUAUAUUGUGGUUAAGUGUAGCACAACUAUAAAUCCUUGUCUAGUGAUUAAGCUGCCAGUGUCUCAGUGAUGUGAAUAACCUUUGAUUAGGAGGUUAUGAAUAUUGCUAUGUGUACUGAACAGCCGGUUGAGAAACACUGCCCCCCUAAGGACAAUGAGCAGACUACUGGGUCCAGUUUGUCCUUGAGCUGUACCAAAAUGUUGGUGGUCAAUCGCAUACUGGGACUGUUGAAGUAUGUAUAUAAAUGUUUGUACAUACAUGAAUAGCCUUUAAAUCUAAUGAAUGAGCUUUGCCCAUAUAAAAGCUUGACAGAUUUCCAUUUCAAAGGUUGUUUGUAAAUGCUGUGCUAGAAAAAAAAAGAAAGUUCAUGUGUAUUUUUGCAAUAAAGUUGCUAUCCUCUGCUCCAGAUUUGAGCGGAAUUUAAAGACAAA